CCCCCAAAUAGUGCCCUAGCUCGAGCUCGGUAAUCACAUCCAUGGCACCCUCCACCAUCUCCAUCCACCCUUCCGACCUGAUGUCCGCCGGAUCCACCUCCCCGCGUUCCGGAUUUCCCGACCGGGCCAUACUCUGCAACGCGCCGCGCACCUCGAAGCUCCGGAACGCGACCACCGCCGAGUGCCAGACGAGCGAGGGCCAUACUGUCGAGGUGUCCUUUUGGCUCGUCGACCCGCCGGGCGUUUCCUACUUCACCGUCAACUGCCCCGACCUCGACGAAUCCCACUUCGCCGACAGAAUGGACCCGCCCUGGCUCAUCUGCGCCGAGGCCGCCUUCGUCCUCUUCACCGUCACUGUCCGGGGCACCACCGACCACUUCGUCUACACAGCCGCCCCUGCAGGGGAUCAAUCGCUGCAGCUGCUCCCGGACCCCAACACCGGACCCUUCAGAAAUCACCCAUAUGCCCUCUUGCCCCGUGGCGGCCACAGCUACGCCGUCGCCUUCCUCGACCGCAGGUGGAUAUCCCAAGAUGAUGGUUGGCGGUUCCAUACCUCAGUCUUCUCAUCUGAAACGCAGUCUUGGACGAGGACCAGUGUGUCGUUGGAGCACCUAUCUGUGUCCGAGAAGUCAUUGUGUGGCCAUCAUGGCUUGUCCAAGCAGAUCGCAGUCGGAGGAGACACGCUGGGUUGGGUUGAUCUCGCGAGUGGUAUUCUCCUUCUUCAGGAUCUCUUCCAUGGGCACCCUGUCAUCAGAUUUAUCCCUUUCCCUGAGUCGAGGGUUCGCUUCAUGGACGAGGAUGGUAUCCCGCACUACCCCGAUGAGUAUUAUUGCAAUGUCGCCUGCUGUGACGAUCUCAUCAAAUUCAUCCACAUCAAAUUCGAUGACCCUGCUAUCCGGACCAGUGGCCAAGCUUGGAGAGCCACCAUGUGGAAUAGGAAGAUCUAUUGGAACAAGUGGCGCCGGUGCUCCACAGUUGAUGUUGAUAAUAUCUCGGUUGACCAAAGGUAUUCUGAUUUAUUGCCUGUGCUACGGAAUGAUGAGAUGCAGCGACUGGAAUUGAAGAGACUGGAUUUCCAUACCCCGGUCCCGAGCGUACACAAUGAUGAUAUUUUUUACAUGAUGGCCAAGGUGGAUGAUAAAGAAGACACUGCCUGGGCCAUCACAAUUGACAUGAAACACGCAGCUGUGGAAGCAAUGGCCCCUUUUUCUGCUGGAGUGUACGAUCUCGUUACAAUGUACUGUCCAUGCGUCUUCCCCAAGUACCUCAACAUGACCCCAGGGGUAGGCAUGGGUAAUCCAGUAAACAAGUGCUUUAAGCGGUUGAGUGCGAAGCAAUGUCUGGUGGAAGUGGUGUGGACUCUAGACUGGCUUCGAGAACUCGAUCAAGUCUUGGAAAUUGAGAGGUCAACUUACAACACCUGUGGAUUGCUACUUCAGCUUUCUCCAGUAUCAUCUCUUCGUUCCAAUAUCAAAUCAAUGGUAAAAUGUGCUUCCUUCUGUAAUGGUCAAGGUGAAGCUGCAUCCAAAGCCGUGAACUUUUGCUUAAGAGCCUUGGAUGAUUUCGACUUGGCACUACAUGACUCGCCGUGUGAUCUGUCCGCAUCUGUUGAAGCCAUCAGGUUCAAAAUCAGGGAUGUCCUUCAAGCUCUAGACAAUAUAUUGCAAAUCGUGCCGCCGACACUGAUACCAGAAGAAGGGACACCUGGAGAAGGAAAAGGAGGGGAAGCACUAUCGGAAACCUGCGAGAAGCUGGAUAAUGAAUCUGACAAGUGGCAGAAAGAGACUUCCAAGCCCAGUAACUCUCGAGUGAAGUAUCAAGAGAACAAGGGGGCAUGUGACAGGAAAGAACGAAGAGCGAUGGUUUGGGAUGUCAGGUUGCUGAUUCUCAUUGUCUUAUUUCUGGCAUCACUCGUCUUCACCGUUAUGCCAUCAUCUCCCUUAAUCGCGAGAAAGGCCGUGUCUUAACCCUUAUUCCUAUAUUAUACAUGGAAUGUAUUUUUAGGAACCAAAUCUUAUUCUAGAACGUAUGUUGCACAUGGUCUCGGCUGUGUGGUUAGAGGAAGAGGAUGAUCCUUAUUCCAGAAGGUGCUGGCUGCCACAUAAGGCUUCUUGCUGUUUGGGUGCUGUACCAAGUUGUUUGUUGUUGGUAAAUUCAGGUUUUGCUCUUG